CCUAGGUCUUCCAUAUCGGCGCUGGGUAUACUCCAGCGGAAUAAACGAAUAAACUAAACACGUUUACUAGCUUACUAGAAAAGCUAAGCUUCUAUUUUGAUUCCCUGCUGAGCAGUAAUUUUCAGUAUGCGCUCAGCCUGUCUUCGGUAAAGACAACAACGUGCAAAAGUGCUGCAGUUCUUGACGCGGGUGGCUUCUAAACGCGUGCGCGUGAGAAACAACCAAAGUUUUGAUACCAAGUUCCGGCGGAUCGUUUCCGGACCCUUCCGGUAGCCUUCGUCCAAGUUACAGUGUCACAAUCAGUUAGUGAUCGAUCGGAUAGCGAUCCGAGCUUCGGACUGCGCACAUCUUUCGGCAGCGACUAUCCGACAGGAAUUAGCCAAAGACCGACAAAACCCAUAUGAAGUUAUCAACCAACAUUGUGUGACAGUCUACGAACAAAUCUAGUGCGCGAUGCAAGCGGAAAAGAUGGGCGAGAAGAGUGGAUUUUUCGAUGGAGUAGCGCAGUUUUUUAUAGAAAAUCAAGAUGAGCGGACGGUAAACUGGUUCCUUUCUGGCUCGAUGACCCCGCUGCUAGUGAUUAUUGUAACGUACCUGUACUUCUGUCUGUACGCCGGUCCCCGGUACAUGGCUAAGCGGAAACCGUUCAAACUGGAGAAUGUUCUGAUUGCGUAUAACGCCCUACAAGUGGUCUUAAGUAUAGUUCUAGUGUACGAGGGUAUCAAAGGUGGUUGGGAUGGAACAUAUGACUUUAAAUGCCAACCUGUGGACUACUCAUAUCACCCAACUGCGAUGAGGAUGGCCCGCGCAGUUUGGCUCUACUACAUUUGCAAGGUGAUAGAGCUGCUCGAUACGGUGUUCUUCGUGUUGCGGAAAAAGCAGAACCAGGUUUCGUUCCUGCACGUCUACCAUCACACGCUCAUGCCGAUCUGCGGAUUCAUCGGAGUCAAAUAUUUCGCCGGAGGCCAUGGUACCCUGCUGGGAGUGAUCAACUCCUUCAUCCACGUGUGCAUGUAUGCCUACUACAUGCUUGCUGCGAUGGGACCCAAAGUACAGAAGUACCUCUGGUGGAAACGUUAUCUAACUGUUAUGCAGAUUAUCCAGUUCAUAAUCGUGUUUUAUCACACCAUACAAGUGCAGUUCCAGCCGAGCUGCGGCUAUCCCAAAUCGAUUGCCGCCUUGCUAACCUUGAAUGCCGGCUUAUUUAUCUAUAUGUUCAGCACCUUCUACGUCCGAAGCUAUCUGCGAAAGGGGGCAGCAACCGCGGCUGCUGCUGCUGCGGCGGCGGCAACGUCAGCGGAAAUCAACAACAACCGAACGGACUGCAAGCAGAAGGAAGCGUCACGGCUAGCAGAGGAAAGUCGACAACAGGUGACGGUUGGCACCGGAGACAAGAAGCAGCUAUAAGACAUCCACUGUUUGGCCAGUGGUUUCGGUCCUCGGGGCGAUGUUGAGCGCAACCAGCAACGCCAGCAGCAGCGACUAAUAGAGAGAGAGAAAAAAAUGCGAAAUAGUGAAGGGAAGUGAUCGUAAUAAGGUUCUGUGAAGCUUUCUCGUUUAUUGCCGACUCUUUUUUUUAACUGUACAUUUUUUUAAGGAGAAGCUGAUUGAUAGGCUAUUGAAUAUAUUUAAUUGUACGAAAUAAAUGGAA